AUGGCAACACAUAAACUAUCACCAGGCCUAAAGGGACUAACACAGAAGGAAAGAGCCACAAGCGGGCUUGUUUCGACCGUAAUGAUUACUGCGCUGGGCACUCACAUUAGUGCAGAGGACGCUCUUCCGUCUAUCCUCUCUUCUUUCCGAAAGAGCGAAGAAGGGGAAAGAGUAAUAAACACUGAAAAAAUGCAUCUGGGACACAGAGUUGUGUGUAAGAAAGGCAUUUUUACAUUCUUUGUAAACAGCCCAGACUCAAGCAUGCAAAUGAAAAAUAAAAUGCAUGGAGCAGACAUAAACAUCAUUCUUGUGGAUAAGAAAAUGAAUGACGAAACAAGCGACUUAAUAUCACAGACAAAGCAGGACAAUCUUGUAUUUUUGUCCUGUAUAAGAGACACACCAGCAGAAAUAAAAAAAGAGGUGAAGAAGACAUUUGGAAAGACAAAAGUAUACACGCUAAAUGAAAUAGCACGUGUGCUGCAAAACAAAACCGUUUUGAACAGAAAAAGAUACAGCCGGCCUCACUUCUUCCCCGAUACAAUACAGCAAGUAGGAGAACGACUGUUUAAAAUCACAGGGGCAGUAGACAAGGGGUUUGUUUCCCGGCAGGUCUUAAUUAACGGGGGUAUAACAGGAAAGAUCCAGGAAAUUUCCGUUAAUGGAAAACCUCUUGACAUUUCAAGCUUGGCAGUGCUUACAAGAGAGGAGAUAUAUCAGAAAAAGAAAGACCAGGAAGAGGAAAUGACCGAUCUUCUGUCAACUCUGAAGAUAACCGAAAACCAGAUAAAUGACCAACCGGAAUAUUCAGACGACUCGAUUGGGUGCAUUAAUGUAGAAGAAACUCAAGAAGAGGAAGAGGAUAGCGAGGAAAUGAGCGAAAACUACUCAGAUUUUGAAGAAGAGGAAGGCUCGUGUGAGAUAGACUCAGAAGAUCUUGCUGGAUAUAGUGCACUGGAAAAGGAGAAUAUUAAAAAAGAGCUUGUGCACAAGUACAAAGACUUCAAAGGGUUCCGGACAAUUAACAUGGGGCUGCACAAGAAGGCUAAUGAAAAAGAAAAUGAAAGCUUGCGAGUGUUUAGAUCACAGAAUCUUCCAGAAUACUACCAGAGGCUUAGCUUCAUUGGAUCCGAGCGCGUUAGAAGAAAGCUGCUCUCAAAGAAAAGCCCUGUACCAGUGAGCACUCCACUUGAAAUUGUUCUUGAAAUAUGCGAGGAGCACAUACCAGCGUUUGCAGAUGCAGUUGAGUCUAGAUUCUUAUCUGUUCAUGGGUUGUUUGAUUAUGAAGGAGCAAUGACAAUAUGCGCACUUUCAUUCCAGACAAAAGAGGCCAUUAGCAUAUAUGACGGCAGCCUAUCCUUUGAUUAUGGAUUUAUGUGCACUACUCCCUCCUCUUGUGUUUUAGGAAACGGCACAGAAAUAGUCAAGUGUAAGACCGAGGGAACAACUGGAACAGCGUGCUUCCUUGGCCCUUUGAUUCUUACAGAUGACAAGAUAGCCAUCUACAAAGAAGGCCGGUGUGUAGGAAGUGCGGUGUGUGCAACAAGAAAAGACCCCAUUCUCAUUAGGACAGUGGUGUUUAAAGGAAUACCUGCAAAGAUACUGAGAAGAUCUUGUGUUGUCAGCAAAAUGUUCCACUCCAGAGAAGAAGUGAACUAUUUCAAAGGAAUUAAGCUAUACUCUAGUCUGAAAAAGGAAGGCCACAUUAAAAGGGCCCUAGGUGAAAACGGCCUAAUGAAGUGCUACUUCUUCCCUCCAGUUAAGCACGGAGAGAAGAUAUAUAUGGAGCUGGCCAGGCGAGUGUUCAUCACCCCAGAUAACUAAACAAAAAUGCGAACAGAAUAGAAAAGCACUGC